AUGUGCUAUAUUAAUGAAUGGCCAAAAAGGUUUCUGAAGACAUUUAUUGAAGAGUUCAGUGAUUACCAGGUUAAUCUACUAAUCGACAAUGAAGCGGAGAAGGAUUACCUUUAUGAUGUGCUGCGGAUGUACCACCAAUCUAUGAAUCUCCCUGUGCUUGUGGGGGACCUAAAACUCGUGAUUAAUGAACCAAGCAGAUUGCCUCUAUUUGAUGCUAUCCGUCCACUUAUCCCGUUAAAACACCAGGUGGAAUAUGAUCAGCUUACACCCAGAAGAUCACGAAAGCUGAAAGAAGUGAGAUUGGAUCGUUUGGAUCCUGAAGGGCUUGGACUAAGUGUGAGAGGUGGAGUGGAAUUCGGCUGUGGCCUCUUCAUCUCCCAGUUAGUUAAAGGAGGACAGGCAGACAAUACUGGACUGCAGGUUGGAGAUGAGAUAGUUCGUAUAAAUGGAUAUUCCAUUUCAUCAUGCACACAUGAGGAAGUCAUAAACCUCAUUCGUACAAAGAAAGUAGUUUCCAUCAAAGUGAGACAUGUUGGCAUGAUACCUGUCAAAAGUUCAGCAGAUGAACCCCUUAAAUGGCAAUAUGUGGACCAGUUUGUGUCAGAGACUGGCAGUGUUGCUGGACUUGCUUCUUCUGGAGGGAGAGAGAGUAAAGAGAAGAAAGUCUUCAUGAGCUUGAUUGGUACAAAAGGCAUGGGAUGCAGUAUUUCCAGUGGUCCAACACAAAAACCAGGAAUUUUUAUCAGCAAUGUUAAGCCGGGUUCUCUUUCAGCAGAGGUUGGCUUAGAGGUUGGUGAUCAGAUUGUUGAGGUAAAUGGAGUGGACUUUUCUAAUGUGGAUCAUAAAGAGGCUGUCAGAGUGCUCAAAAGCAGUCGUACUUUGACUAUCUCUGUGGUAGCUGGCGCUGGAAAGGAGCUGUUCAUGACAGAAGAAGAAAGGCAAAGAGAAGCACGUUUCCGUGAGCUAGAGCGCCAGGAGUUAAUGCACCAGAAGCGGCUUGCCCUGGAGACUAACAAAAUCAUCAAAGAGCAGCAGGAGAAAGAGAGAUUAAGAAAACUGGAGAUUUCCCAGAAGGCUGCAGAGGAAGAAGAGAGAUAUCGCAGAGAAAUAGAGCAGAUAACGGCAGAGGAAGAGAAAUAUAAGAAGGAGUGGGAAGAAGACUGGGGUCCUAAAGAACCACCCAAAUCUCUAAAAGCUGCAACUGCAGAUGUACACUCUGCCCCUCGUUCUAAACACAAAACUUUUGGAUGGUUUUAUCGGUAUGAUGGAAAAUUUCCCACAAUCCGUAAGAAGGGGAAAGAGCAAAAGAAGUCAAAAAGUGACAGUCUGUGUGAACAAAAGAAGAAUAAAAAGGAAAUGGAGUUUGAGCAAAAACUUGCCAAAGAGAAAGAAGGAAUGUUGGAGAGAGAGAAACAACUGAAAAUAAAUCGUCUUGUGCAAGAGGUAUCUGAGACAGAACGAGAAGACCUGGAAGAAUCAGAAAAGGUGCAGCACUGGGUGGAAAGACUUUGUCAAACACGGUUAGAACAGAUUUCCUCUGUGGAGAAUGAGUCUCCUGAGUUGGCAAGUGGACGUCCUCCUUCUGCCACAUCAAUGCGGCGUUUUGCCGGUGGCCUGCAGCUUCAUACCACAGAUCUCGAUGAUAUAAACUUAGAUGAAGUUGACAAGCCUAAACAACGCGCACCACCACCUCUGCCACCACCCCCCACUGUUACUCCAGCAUCACCACCUCCUCCACUUCCUACCUCAGAUGUUCCACCUGCAAGAGGUCCAACCCUGUCGGUAACACCACCUACCCAGCAACUUGCUCCAAGUCCACCUACACAGCGUCAUCCAGGGGUACCAAUAGUCUCUAAACCAGUUAUGCUGCAUCCUGACCCAAACGUUGUAGUCAGGCCAACAAUCAAAUCAGAGGCCCUGCCACAAGAGAUGUUAAAAAGGAUGGUGGUUUACAAUUCAUCAUUUAGAUCUAACAAAAACCAAGGCUUCCAGAAGUAUGUAGAAGAUUUUGAUCCAUAUUCAAUGUUUUCCCCAGACCAGAUUAUAGGAAAAGAUGUACGACUAUUACGAAUUAAAAAGGAAGGAUCCUUGGACCUUGCAGUCGAGGGAGGAAUAGAUUCUCCAAUUGGCAAGAUAGUUGUGUCUGCCAUCUAUGAGGAUGGUGCUGCAGACAAACAUGGAGGCAUAGUGAAAGGGGAUGAAAUAUUGGCUGUAAAUGGCAAGAUAUUAAUUGACAGCAAGCUGGCAGAAGCACAAGCAACUCUAGCAAAAGCUUGGAACAUGGGUGGAGAUUGGAUUGACUUAGUCAUUGCAGCAUCACCUCCAAAGGAAUAUGAUGAUGAAAUCCCUACUAUUCCCUCAUCAACAAUCAGUCCCAACACACACAGAAAGGUUUUUGAAGGCAGUGCACCCGUGUACAGACAAGGGUAUCUCCUGCAGCUGUAG